AUGGUCCCGUAUUCGAUACCGAAAUCAGAUGUAGGGGCGUAUCACGCGGAUUUCGGGCGCGUAUUUCGACGUUUUCCGGCGGUCGCGAGGGUGGCGAGGCGCACGCGGAUCUACGCGGAAACGCAGCGGGCUUUAAGCGAUGCAACGUGCGUGUCGCACGCGCCGCGGGUCGACAGUACGGAGCGGUGCGUGUGCAGCCAGCGAUGCAUCGGCGCUAUCAAA